CCUGUCUCUGUGUCUCACUGCCCUUCUUCUAAGCACUGUCUGCUCUUCGCGGAUAAGAAGCGCAGCCAAAGCCCCCUCCGGCCAAAACCCCACCAUCGCGAGCUCUUCUCGCCCCAUCCAUGGCGACCACCACCGCCUCCUCCUCCUCUCUCACCGCCCCUCUCCUCGGCCCCAAAGCUAACCCCAAUCCAGGCCCCAGAUCUCUCCCGCUCCUCAGGACCCGGAGGUGCGCCCGACCUGUGGUCGCUGCAGCCGGUGGAGGCGGAGUGGGGACUUACGGAGCUGCUCAGAGGCGCGGGAUUUGGUCGAUCAGGGAUGACUUGCUGAUGCCGAGGUCCCCCUACUUCCCUAUAGAGUCUGCGGGACAGGAUCGAGGGCCCUCGCCCAUGGUGAUGGAGCGGUUCCAGAGCGUUGUCAGCCAGCUCUUCCAGCAUAGAAUUAUCCGGUGUGGCGGUCCUGUGGAGGAUGAUAUGGCAAACGUCAUUGUUGCGCAGCUUCUUUACUUGGAUGCCAUUGACCCCAACAAGGAUAUCAUUAUGUAUGUGAACUCUCCAGGAGGGUCAGUGACAGCUGGGAUGGCCAUAUUUGAUACAAUGAAGCACAUCAGACCUGAUGUUUCCACAGUUUGUAUCGGCCUUGCUGCAAGUAUGGGUGCUUUUCUACUUAGUGGUGGGACAAAAGGGAAGCGAUACAGCUUACCUAACUCAAGAAUAAUGAUCCAUCAACCUCUUGGAGGAGCCCAAGGACAAGAGACUGAUCUCGAGAUCCAGGCCAAUGAGAUGCUGCACCACAAGGCUAACUUGAAUGGGUACCUAGCAUACCAUACCGGGCAGCCCCUGGAUAAGAUCAACGUAGAUACUGACCGCGACUUCUUCAUGAGUGCCAAGGAGGCAAAGGAGUAUGGCCUCAUUGACGGAGUAAUCAUGAAUCCUCUUAAAGCCCUUCAGCCGCUUCCAGCUUCCAGCUAGCCAUGAAGCGGGCAACCUCAGAUUCAAGCAUUUUUGUUGUGAUCUUUUGGAAUUGUGUUUGUACCAUGCUGUUCUCGUUAGUCUGGCUAGAUGUUUAUGUAUUUCCGCAUCCUGAAGCUUCAGAGGUUGUACAAAACAGAUGCACUACUAUAAUAUUCAUCAUAAUGGCGAAAUGUUGCACCUGGAUUAACAGCAUUUUCAUUA